AUGGAGGUCAUCGCGGCGGUGGGUUCGUGGGCGCUUGCCUCUACCUGCAACACGGUCCCCGCUACGAGUUGGCUGAGCGCGCUCUGUCCACAACAGUACCGCCAUGACAUUUCCCUGCUCAACGCACGACUCUCCGCGGGAGCAAAGAUCCAUCUACCUGGAGCAGAGGGAUUCGCCAGGGCAACAUGGCGAUGGUCGGCAGGAUACGCUCCCGAAGCAAAUAUUGUGGUUGUCCCCAGCACAGGCGACGAUGUUGCCGAGACGGUCAAAUACGCCAACGAGAAGCAUGUGCCUUUCCUUGCCAUCAGCGGCAAUCACGGCACGAUCACUUCAAUGGCAAAGAUGCGUGGCGGCAUCGAGAUUUGGCUCGAGCAGCUGAACAGCGUCGACAUUGCGCCCGAUGGAAAGACUGCCCGCUUCGGCGGGGGCAUUCUGAACAAGGAAGCCAAGGAAGCUCUUUGGGCCGCAGGCAAGCAGGCAGUGACUGGGAGCUGCGAGUGCGUGAGCCUGCUCGGACCGGGCCUCGGCGGCGGCCACGGGUUCCUGCAAGGGCGCUACGGCCUCGUGUCGGAUCAGUUCGUGUCCAUGGACGUUGUGCUCGCGGACGGGUCGCUGCGCACCAUCGACGCGGGCUCGGAUCUGUGGUGGGCCAUGCAGGGCGCCGGGCACAACUUUGGCAUCGUCACGUCGGUCACAUCCAAGAUCUAUGACAUUGAGCAUCGCGACUGGGCUGCUACUAGCUUCAUUUUUGAUGGCAGCAAAGUUGAACAGCUUUACGACGCGAUCAACGAGCACCUCCUCAAGAAUGGCACCCGGCCCGUCGACGUCCUGGACUUCUCGGUCUUUAUCAACAAUCCGGAAGUCGAUCCUGACAAGCCGAUGGUACUGUUCUUCGUCAUGCAAGAGGGUGCGUCCGAGGUAGACCCCUCGUACACUGCGCCGUUCACUGCCUUGAAGCCCCUCAUAUCAGGCACGAAUCAAGGGACCUACCUGGAUAUACCCUCAUGGAUCGGCAUAUCCACGGAUGGCCCGACAUGCCAGAAAACCGAGCAGGUCAAGAUGCACUUCCCGCUCGACCUCCAAGUCUACAGCCCAGCGGGUCAACGUCAGGUAUACGAUCUCUUCGCCUCCGCGACUCGCAAGACGCCCGCUCUCAACGCCUCCAGUCUCCUUUUCGAGGGCUACUCCGUGCAAGGCGUGAGAGCAGUCAGCAGCGAAUCGACGGCGUACCCGUUCAGGGCAAACAACUUGAUCGUCUCGCCCGAGAUAAAGUACGCCCCAGCCGGGCCGGAGAUGGACAGGGAGGCUAUCCAGCUGGGCACCCGCCUUCGGGAAAUACUGCAUCAGGCGAGCGGGCGGAAGGAGAUGGACACGUACGUCAACUACGCGGCGGGCGUGGAGACGGUGCAGCAGAUGUACGGGCAUGAGCCUUGGCGUCUGAAGAAGCUGCGGGAUCUCAAGAGAAAGUAUGAUCCGCAUGGCCGAUUCAACUUUUACGCGCCAAUUGUUGCGUAA